AUGGAAUGGGCCUCAAACACGUUGGGUUGCAUUUCUGGCAGUGUGUUUUACACUAUUUCUUCUGGUUUCGUAUUGUCGGUUGGCAACACUGAUCAAAAGACCAGUUCAUUGCUUGGACUUCCAGAGGAAAAGUGGAAUAGCUUUGACUCAGUGGUGAAAUUUUCUCCAACCUUAGAGUUUCCAAAUGGAACGGAAGUAAUAUGGCAAAUACCAGAUUCGCCUAAAGCACUUCUUUUUCUGGCUCAUGGUUGCUGAGGUAGAGCUCUAUAUUUUUGGGAUAAAUCUUCUCACUGCCCUGACUGCAUUGGUUUGCCAGAGGAACGGCUAAUUGCUCUUCAUGCUCUUGCCCGAAAGUUUGCUGUCCUUACUAUAUCAAGUGCAGGGACAUGCGGGGCUAUGGGGAAGGAGAUAAUUGUUGUCAAGGAUAUCAUCAGAUGGUGGGUUGAGAAAAACAAGCUUGAAAAGCUUCCUCUUGUUGCUAAGGGGGCCUCUUCUGGGAGAUACUUUGUUUCUGUGCUUGCCACUGUGUUGAAGUUCAAUAGUAUUGCAAUCAUGAUUGCUGAAGGGGUGUUUGAUCAAAUGAAAAUCGAGAGCUACCCCCCUACACUUUUCAUGCACAUGCCCAAAGAUAUAGUUAGGCAGAAAAAGAUAGACAAGCACAUGAAAAUUUUGAAAAAAGAAGGUGUUGAUGUUGCAGAGAUUGAAUGCAUGGAGUUCCCCUUGUCGCCACAUUUGUUAGCUGAUAGAAUCCCAGGUCUUGAUCAGUGUUCUGCUAAGUUGUUUGAACUCUUCCGGAAAAAGGGUUUUAUCGAUGAGAACGGAUAUAUGAAGAAUGAUGGUCGUAAAACACGUUGGAAAGAAGCUGUCAGAGAGAGUAAAAUUGUUUCUCUAGACGACCAUCUGACCCAUUAUAUCCAGGAGGAGUUAAAUCUUGCAUUUGCGUAUCAUGAAAUGGCUAGCUUGCACGCUGACAGGAUGUUUAAAUGGUUUGAAUCUCAUAUGAAGUAACUGCUUGUCAAA